AUGGUCGGAUGCUAUCAUGCAUCGAGAAGCUCGUGCUGCAGGUCGAUUGAUGAAUCUGGAAAACUUAUUCUGCGACCAGAAGAUCGCAUGAGAGAAAAUGUUUUGCUUGCUGCUGCUAUUAAUCCUGCUGGCCUUUUAUGGUUUGGAUGGACUGCAGAGAAGGGAGUUCAUUGGAUUGUCCCUUUGAUUGCGAAUUUCUUCUUUGGGUUUGGAACUAUGAUUAUUUAUUCCACUGUAACUACUAUGCUCACAGAGUUUCUCCCUAAGCGAAGUUCAAGUGGUGUAGCAGUGAGCACAUUUGUGCGGACAAUUUUCAGCUGUGUUGGAUCAGUAAUUGCGCAACCUUUGCUACAAGCUAUUGGAGAUGGAUGGUUAUUUACGAUACUAGCCACUGUUGGAUGGAUCAGUGCUUUCUCAGUUGUUUGGGCUAUGAAAAUAAUUGGGCUUAGAUGGCAGGUUGAGAUGAGGAAGAAGUUGACUUUAUUUCCCAAGGCUGGCGCCGAUAGCCCCACCCGUUAAUGCGAUGACCUAAACCCAA